AUGCCUACCUACCUGUGUCACGGCUUUCGGUGGGAUCGUCGAAGUAUUCGAGUCUUUGUUGUCGUGCAGAACAUUGACGACGCCGCACCCGAAUGGAUCAUCGCACCAAACUCGUCCCCCGCCAUACUCGAGUCCUUCUACUCCCUGUUCGACUUCCUGCCCGAGCCGCCUCCCGAAGAUACCGACGCCCAAAGAGACAAGAAGAAGCGCAACAAGAACAAACCUCCCAAGGCCGGAGUCUUGCGCAACGAAUACGAUGUCCCGCCAUCCACCGUUCCUCCCGAGGAGGAUGAUGUGUUGCAGAACAGUUGGAGCGCCGUGAAGCUGCUCGAGGAGUACGACCCGACCGAUCUGAGCUAUGUCAGCCGUCCCUACGCAUAUGUGGCCGAUCAUGUGGUGCGCAUCGACCUGAGCAACUCGAUAACGGAAGAAAUCAUGCGGUACGAAGAGCGGCUGGGCGAGACCAAGGCUAUGGCCAGCGCUCCUAGCGACGAGUACAUCAAGGCCAAGAAGGGCUCGGCAUCAGGGAAGAAGGCCGGCUGGUUUGAGAAGCUGAGGGACCAGCUGCAACGAGGAGAAGACAUCCGGUGGUACGUCGUGGUCUGCGGCGAUGAAGUGCGUGACUAUCCCGAAGAUAUGGUUGCAUUCAAGGAACAGCAGGCAAUGGAUGAGAACCAACGGGAAGACAAUGGAAGCGAGACCCCGAGGGGCCGUGAUAGGAGUGCAGGCCCGUCAUCGAGACCGGCAGCUUCGCCCAUCUCCAGCGUACCAGCCAGCCAAUUCGCUUCGGCAAUGUCUCCAGAAAAACCUCAAGUAUCGCCGAAGGAGGCAGGAUUGCCCUACGGUACUCUUUUCCAGCAUCCCAACAUGAACACGGGCGAAGCACCUGCGUUGUUGCAACCGAAACCCUCCAUGGACUUCAGACCCAAGACGCCCAAGGGCGGUGGCUUCAGGAGGCUUUUCGGGAAAAAAGGCGACGAACCAUGA